GACAAUAAAUGAUUACUUUUAAAAAUAUAUUGUAUUGUGAGUAAACUGAAAAGUUAAAGUUAAUUCUUAUGGAUACAUGAAAUUAGUAACUGCUGGUAAAAUAAAUUAAAGUUUUAGUGAUUUAUGAAAGUGGAGUUUAUAGUAACGAUGAAAAGAAAGAAAUUAUUAUUGUUACGACAAAGUUACUUCCGUUACGAAACUGACAAAUACUGAACUAAGGAAAGAUGACGGUCUCGUAUCAAUAUCAAGUCGCAAACUCAACCAGGGGUGGAUUUACCAGGCUUCUUUUUAUGUGGAGAGGUUCACUCUACAAAUUAAUCUAUAGAGAACUACUCUUAUUUCUACUCCUUUUUGCCGCACUUUCCACUAUUUAUCGUCACCUACUUAAUUCCACGCUAAAAAGAAGUUUCGAACAGAUCGUUAUUUACUGCGAUAAUUUUAUUAAUUUAAUUCCAUUAAGUUUUGUUCUUGGAUUCUACGUGUCUUACGUUGCUCAAAGAUGGUGGCAACAAUAUCAAGCGAUACCUUGGCCUGAUAAGACAAUGCAUUUAAUUGCAUUAUAUGUUACCGGCAAUGAUGAAUACGGUCGUAUGCUUCGAAGAGGUCUGAUGCGUUACUUGAAUCUUUCCUUGAUACUUGUUUUACGUUCGAUCAGUUCAGCAGUGAAAAAACGAUUUCCAACACUCGAUCACGUCGUUGAUUCUGGUUUUAUGACAUCACUCGAAUUGGACUUGUUUUUGGCAGUACCGAGUUCAGAAUUCAACACUUAUUGGAUCCCUUGCACAUGGUUCAUCAAUCUUCUAAAGGAAGCGCGCCAAAAUCACAGGAUCCCCGAUCCUCAGGGAUUAAAACUAAUUAUGGAGUAUUCAUUACAGGAAUUUAAUGAAUUUCGUACAAAAUGUGGCCUUUUAUGGAGCUAUGAUUGGAUAUCAAUUCCAUUAGUUUACACACAAGUGGUAACAUUAGCAACAUAUAGUUUUUUUGCCGUAGCUUUAAUAGCUCGCCAAUACAUUGACGGUAAAGAAAAACAAUUCCAACUACAGAUUGAUAUUUACAUACCAGUUUUUACGAUCCUACAAUUUUUCUUUUUUAUGGGUUUGUUAAAGGUAGCAGAACAAUUAAUUAAUCCCUUUGGCGACGAUGACGAAGAUUUUGAAUUGAAUUGGAUAAUUGAUCGCCACACAAAAGUAUCAUAUCUUGGAGUAGAUACUCUAAUGAAUCGAUGUCCACCAUUGGUCAAAGACAUUUACUAUGAUGCUGAAAAUUUAAUUCUACCAUACACGGAAGCUGCAGCUGCUUAUAAAAAGAAAACUUAUCGCGGUAGCGUGGCAAAUAUGACAGUUCCUGAAGAAAAACAAACCAUGUUUCUACCAGAUGUUAUAGAAGAGGACGAAGAGGAUUUAAAACAGUCACAUUGCACAUCAACAUUGAGUUUGGCUACACAUAAUAAUGAUAGUCCAUUAUGUCAAAGACGCCAGAUCAACCUGGACUGUGAAACACCUACGACGACUGAUCAAACUUGUUCUGAGACAAUUUUACAAUUUGAUAUUCAAGAACCGUCAUUUCAAAUCGACCAAACAGAGCAACGAAGAAAAAUGAUAACGGAGACCGUGAAGAAACUUUCACCUUUAGGAAAACAUUCAGUACCACGAAUCGAUACAAAUCGUAAGGCAUUUUUUACAAUAACAAAAAGCCCUAAAGUGAUUGUACAACCUUCGGCGAGUACAUCUAAUUUGUCAAAACUUACAAGGCAUAUUAUAGAUACACCUACUGUAUAUACUGGUAAUGUAAAUCCAUGGAAAGACUAUAGCUCAAAAAUUAUACAGUCACCCUCGUUCGAAGCUUUUAGUUCAGAACAUUCUCCGGAAGUGGAGGGAACGUAUGACUUCGAAAAUGUACACCCAUCCGAUAAUGUCUGUAUACACCCUAAUGAUAGUCCUCAUUCAGAUACAUGUCAAUCACAAUGCCAUCAUACGACCAUAUCUCAUUUAACACUGCCAGAAACACCUUUGUCAACUUCGACAAAAACAGCAUUGCCAAAAAACAAAAGUGCCAAAUUUCUUAUAAAAAGACAUAAAUCAAUGGGGACAAGUAAGAAGAAAGGUAUUCAAUGGAGACAAAUGAUAAAGGCAAGAGAUAAAACAGAUGAUGUAUCGGCAGGUGAAAAAGCAAUUCCUUAUUCAAGAAGUUCGCCAAAUUUAAAACUAGACGCAACUCCGCAAGGUAUAAAGAAAUACAUAUCCGAUGAUGAUUCAAGUUCUUCAUAGAAAGAAGAAUGUUUUAUAAUUGGAUAUGCUUAUAUGUGAUAACUAUUAUGGAAUAUAAAUAGUGAAUUACAUGAAAGUAUUUAUCACUAUAAAAUAACGAUAUUAUCCAUAAAAGUCUUACUAUUAGGUAUAUCUCAAUAUUAUUAUACUAUUG